AUGGCUUCUAUUAUUCGCGCGUUGCGGCCUUUGUCGCGUACCCCCUCAGUCCGUGUAGCGGGCAAACGACUCGCUGCUGGCCGGCCCGUACAGAGCGCAUAUGCAUUCUCAACCACCCCCCGCCGGCGGGAGGUCGACCUCUCCGAGCUGACCCCGACGCCGAUCACCCUCCUGUCCGAGACGGAAUCUCUCAUGGCCGACUCAGUAUCGAAGUUCGCCGUGGAGCAAAUCGGCCCGAAGGUACGGGAUAUGGACGAGGCUGAGACCAUGGACGCAAAGGUUGUAGAGCAGCUCUUUGAGCAGGGCCUGAUGGGCAUUGAGGUGCCAGAGGAGUUUGGCGGCGCCGGGAUGAACUUCACCGCGGCAAUCGUCGCGAUCGAGGAGCUGGCACGCGUGGACCCUAGUGUCAGCGUGCUGGUCGAUGUUCACAAUACACUGGUCAACACCGCGAUCAUGAAAUACGGUGAUGCCAAGGCUCAGCGUACCUGGCUGCCCAAGCUGACUACCGGCACUGUCGGCUCGUUCUGUCUCUCCGAGCCUGCAUCUGGCUCUGAUGCCUUUGCUCUCCAGACUAAGGCUGAGAAGACCGCCGAUGGUUAUAAGAUCAAUGGCUCUAAGAUGUGGAUCACCAACUCUAUGGAGGCCGGUAUCUUCAUCGUCUUUGCCAACAUUGACCCCAGCAAGGGCUACAAGGGUAUUACUGCUUUCAUUGUCGAGAAGGAUACCCCUGGCUUCUCAAUCGCCAAGAAGGAGAAGAAGCUCGGAAUUCGUGCUAGUAGCACUUGUGUGCUCAACUUUGAUGACUGUGUCAUUCCCAAGAGCAACCUUCUCGGCGAGGAGGGACAAGGAUACAAGUACGCCAUUAGUGUGUUGAACGAGGGCCGUAUUGGUAUCGCCGCCCAGAUGACCGGUCUGGCUCUUGGCGCAUGGGAGAAUGCUGCACGGUACGUUUGGAACGACCGCCGCCAAUUCGGCGAGCUUAUCGGAAACUUCCAAGGCAUGCAGCACCAGAUCGCACAAGCCUACACUGAGAUCGCCGCCGCCCGCGCUCUCGUCUACAAUGCCGCCCGCAAGAAGGAGGCUGGCCAGGACUUCGUCCAGGACGCCGCUAUGGCUAAGCUGUACGCUUCCCAGGUCGCCGGCCGGGUGUCCAGCUCUGCUGUUGAGUGGAUGGGUGGUAUGGGCUUUGUCCGUGAGGGCAUCGCUGAGAAGAUGUUCCGUGAUAGCAAGAUCGGUGCUAUCUACGAGGGUACCAGCAACAUCCAGUUGCAGACUAUUGCCAAGCUUCUCCAGAAGCAGUACACGAACUAG